AGGGCCGUGAGCGCGCGCUCGGCCUGUCCGAGGCCCCCGCGGCGGCGCGGGGCGGGAGGGGGCGGGGCCGAGGGGGCCGGGGGAGGGGCGGCCGGAGCUGCGCCACGGCCCCGCCCCCUCCGCUGUCCCCGGGCCGCGGCGCCGCACCUCCCCGCCCCCACCCUCCCCGCCCCCACCGCGCUGCGCCCCGCCCGGCCUGGACUCGCUCCCUCCGCCACGAUGAGCAGAUGAGCUCGAGGGAGGGCAUGAAAUUCCAAUUCCACUCGGGGGAGAAAGUGCUGUGCUUCGAGCCGGACCCCACCAAGGCGCGAGUGCUGUACGAUGCCAAGGUUGUCGAUGUUAUUGUCGGGAAAGACGAAAAAGGAAGAAAGAUCCCAGAAUAUUUGAUCCAUUUUAAUGGUUGGAACAGAAGCUGGGACAGGUGGGCAGCUGAAGAUCAUGUGCUUCCUGACACAGAUGAAAACCGAAGAUUGCAGCGUAAAUUGGCAAGAAAAGCUGUAGCUUGCCUGAGAAGAAAAGGAAGAAAGAAGAAGCGCUGCAGGUUGCCUGGUGUUGACUGUGUCUUAAAAAGCCUCCCUGUUGAAGAAAAAGAUGAAAAUGCUGAAAAUUCAAUAAGCAAUUCCUCUGCUGACAGCAGCGAAGAAACAGAUGCGGGAAUAAGAAGUGAAGAAAGUGAUAUUGAAGAAAAGACCGAAGUGAAAGAAGAGCUAGAGCUGCGCACAAAAAGGGAAAUGGAAGAAAGAACAAUAACUAUAGAUAUUCCUGAAGUUCUGAAGAAGAAGCUUGAGGAUGAUUGUUACUACAUUAACAGGAGGAAACGGUUAGUGAAAUUGCCAUGCCAGACCAACAUCAUAACUAUUUUGGAAUCCUAUGUGAAGCAUUUUGCUAUCAAUGCAGCCUUUUCGGCCAAUGAAAGGCCUCGUCACCAUCACACCAUGUCACAUGCCAACAUGAAUGUGCACUAUAUUCCAGCAGAGAAGAAUGUUGACCUUUGUAAGGAGAUGGUUGAUGGCUUAAGAAUAACCUUUGAUUACAGUCUCCCAUUGGUUUUAUUCUAUCCAUAUGAACAAGCUCAGUAUAAAAAGGUGACUUCAUCCAAAUUUUUCCUUCCAAUUAAGGAAAGUGCCACAAACACUACCAGGAACCAGGAGGAGCUGUCUCCGAGCCCACCUUUGUUGAAUCCAUCCACUCCACAGUCCACCGAGAGUCAGCCUACCACAGGCGAGCCAGCCACACCCAAAAGACGCAAAGCUGAGCCAGAAGCCUUGCAGUCUCUGAGACGGUCCACUCGCCACACCUCAAGCUGUGACAGGCUGUCUGAAAGUAGCGCAUCACCUCAGCCCAGACGCCGGCAUGCAGACUCAUCUGCCACCAUGCCCAAGCUGUUCCUGCACCUGGAAAAGAAGACACCUGUACAUAGCAGAUCAUCAUCACCUAUUCCUCUGACUCCUAACAAGGAAGGUAGUGGUGUGUUUGCUGGCUUUGAAGGGAGAAGAAAUAAUGAAAUAAACGAGGUCCUUUCCUGGAAACUCAUGCCUGACAAUUACCCCCCGAGUGACCAGCCACCUCCACCCUCCUACAUUUAUGGGUCACAACAUCUGCUGCGCUUGUUUGUCAAACUUCCAGAAAUCCUUGGAAAGAUGUCUUUUUCUGAGAAGAAUCUAAAGGCUUUACUGAAGCACUUUGAUCUCUUUCUGAGGUUUUUAGCAGAAUACCAUGACGACUUCUUCCCAGAGUCUGCUUAUGUUGCUGCCUGUGAGGCACACUACAGCACCAAGAAUCCCAGGGCAAUUUAUUAAAGUUCUUGGCUUCUGUAAGAACAGUUUCUCUAUCUAGCUCUGUGCUCUAGAUUUCAGUGUAAGAACUAACAAACAGUGGGGUCAUGAAAGUUCAAAUAAGAGUUAGAAGUUGCAGUUAUUUGUUAGCAAUAAACACAUUUUUUUAGUUAUUCAUUCACAUACAUUUUUUUUUCAAACUUCCUUUUUCUUCUGAGGCUGAAUAACUCUCAGACAAAUUUUAGUUUUACUUGGAAACUGCAAAUUGGUCACAAAGUAUUUUAGAGGGAAUUGGUAUUGAUGGCAAAAAAGAAAAUUAUAGCUACACAUUUGCUUGUUAAGAUUCCCUUUCUGUAAAACCUUAUUUUUGUUCAUCUCAAUAAAGCGCUGUCCGACUUUCUGAGA